GUCAAUGUUUAUAUUUAACACUUGCGAGGAUUCAAAUGUAAAUCUUCUUUACCAGCGACACCCAUGAACAAAAAGAGACGAGAAACAUUCGCCACCAAUCUUAGUACUAAAAACUCUAAAGGUAAGGAAAUUUUUUCUUAAAUGCUAAAUUGCAAAGCUGCUUUUCUAUUGUGGCGAAUUUGAUAGCGUCAUAACCAAACUACCUCGGAAAUCAUUCGCUUUGCGAAAUUCGUUUAAGGUUUGCUUUCAAAAUGUGACGCACUACACUACACUUCGCUAAUUUGAAGCAGUGGUGAAGGCCUUCGAAAUUUUAUUUCGCAAUAAGAGUCAGCGGGUAGACGGAGUGUUCUCGAAAUAUUGCCUGGUGCUUUGGACUUGAAAAUCUAGGCGCUAUCUUAACAGUGUCAACAUCGAAUGCUUUGUCAGCACUUUCUGCAAACUUAAAUAUCUUGGAAAAAAGAUGAGAUGUUUUGAUCGAAAUCGAAAAUGUACUGCAAAGCUUGGUCCAUAAAGAUCCAUAAAAGCCUUAGAUAAUUAAAAUUUAAAAAAAUAACAAGGAAAUAUUUUUACGAGCAUCUAGUUAAUAUUCAACCGCGACAAAUACCCAAACCAAGGAAUUUUUAUCUGACAUAUUAUUCCGCUUAACGAUGCAUCUACUGAAAGGGGCCAACUGAUUCGAAACCAUUCAUGACCUUCGAUGCUAAGAUUCUAUGAACGAGACACUUAAAAAACAUUGUUUUACUUUAUUUUUUUUCCCCGUGCUAAUACGCUAUUAUUUUCAACUCUACAAAAAGUCAGAAAUAAUUUUGUUUUCUAUGGGGUUUUUUUUGGCAUGGUUUUGUUUUGUUUUAUUUGUUUUGCAAUACAACCACUGAUAAAAUCCUUUCCUCGAAGGCUCCCUUGUAAUUUUCAAGGGAAAUGUUUUGAUCUAUAUCUCUCUAUGCCUAAGGCGAGGGUGGCGAAAUGCUUACUUUGAUUUUAUCUUAUAUGGCUAAUGAGGAAAUUUCUAGCCCGUUUCUCGUUACCUUGACCAUAGAAAUUAAUUUGUAAUUAAAAUUUUCUCUCUGAAAACUCAGAAGGUUUUUAAAAGUUUUAAAAUAGACCUGGAAGUAGCUGCUACUGAGUUUUACCUCAAAAUAGCAUUUCUAAGUUACUUGAGUCAGUGCUGUGGCCCUAGGGAAGGCGUUGUGUCCACGGGAAUCUUAAGGAGUGAUUAAUUUCCGAAAAUUAUUUUUGCACAAGGAAACACUUUUCGAUCUAGCAAAAGAAAACGUGUUGCUUCCUUUUUACGCUCAAAUUUCCCCUAAGAGUGCAUUUGAGCAGAUACGUUUGUAGAAUUUGCUUGAAUAUUUGGCAUUAUGAUCGAUCUUUACUUUUUUAGUCAAGAUUGUUUUUGGCAAUUAGAGCAGAAAAACGUUUCUGUUGAUAAAAUCAAAGGCAAAAUGAUACCCUGCGUGAGAAGCCCUCGACAAGAACGCAAGUUACACGUGCGUGAGAGAGCAGAAACGCCAGCGUAGCUACUGGCUCGCGCGUGUUCGACUCAAUCCCUCGCGUCCGCGCGUGUCUGGUGUGUUGUGAUUUCUUUGACACAAGGUCUUUUUUUAUUGUAUUAUGUAAACCUAAACGUCAUUUCAGCUGUUGCCAUUAUUUUGGUUCUUUUUUUUUUAUGCCUUUUUGGUUUUCGGUUUUUUUGUUUUAUUUAUUUUUUUGUGUUUCACUCAAGAAUGUUUUUUGGCGAUCAGAAAAGAAAAGCAUGUCUGUUGAUAUCAAUUGAAAGCCUUAAUGAUGGCACAUAGAUAGAAGGAAAAUAACAGAGGCAGGAAAGAACAGAUCUUGCUUAAACGUAAGCUUAUCCCAGUCCCUCGCGCCCGCGUAAAUCGAGUAUAACUGGUCUGUUGCAACAGAGUGUCAUCCUCUUGGAACACUUAAUGCUCAUGAAGAAUUUUCCAGAAAUGGCGAGUCGGUGAUGUAAUUCAACUAGACAGGAGGUUAAUUGAUUAAAGUCCGAUAUCGGAGGCUAAAGAUUAAAAUCAAGAAUAAAUCUUUCAAUCCACGUAUUGACCCUCAGUGAAUAUGAAGAAAAGUAUUGAUGUUUUGGUAUUUCAGUUGCAGCCGUCUAGGUUCCCCUCUCUUUCAUAUCUGAAGGUGUUCCUAUUCAAACUUUUUUUAUUACAUGUAGUCACAUUUCUUUUUGAGGAAAGGAGAAGAACUAAUUUCACUUUCUGGUAAAUCAGUAAAAAUAAGCGGUGAUUUGGCGUUCCUGUCUUGUCUACCAUGCUCGUGAUCUAAGGAUGUGUGAAGGAAUUGCUAAGUUGCUUCAAGUGACGUAAUGAAAACUUGAUACGCGUCUCAAAUUUAGCAAAUUGCACAGUCAGGCUCUAAUCUUCACAAAUAUAUCUCCGAUUAUCUAAGGUAAGUUGUCAUUUCUCUGAGACAUGUUAUUUAUUCAGUGCUUCGUGUUCAAAGCAAACAUCAAAACCCACUUCCCAAUUAUUGAAUAACCGUCACGACCAACAUUGAAUGUGGGAGUAUAAUGAAAGCUACGAACCGUGAAAGGUUAAUGUGUAUUGAACCAUCUUAAGUGGACGGGUGGCUCUCCUUCCUUCCAAAAUUUGUGCUUCUCUGAUGAAGUAGCAUCGUGGGCGGGAGGCAAGCAGUGCUAUCAUUGCCCUGGAAUUUUAUUUCAUUGUGGGCUCGAGCCUUGAACAUUUCCUUCUGAAUUUGGAAACCUCUUCACGAAAAACGUCACUAGUUAAUUUAUAGUCAGUCACGCAACACUGCAUCAUUCAUGACUAACGCGCUAUUGAAAUUUUCUUCAUUUGAAUCUUGGUUAACCAGAGCGACAAGAGAACUGAAAGAUUUCCGCUAUUGCGUUUUAUUUAUGGCUUAGUUUAAGGUAUUCAUAUUUUGGCCGUCUUUCUCCAGUAUAUCCUGUAUAUAAAUUUGACGAACUUAUCAAUAUGCAUUCGUUGUCGGUCUGCGUAUGCAGAGCAAAGCAUAGCUAAAAAUAACUUUUCAUAAAAGCUGUGCAAAGGUCGUAAAAGAGCCCUUUGAGGCUCAUUUUAAAAAACGCAUUGCAGACUUGAUCAAUCCGAAAAUACGAUCCUAGUUCCAUCCACACAUCUCGAUAAGUCGAGACAGCUGUCCUUCUCUUGAAACGCAAAUCUCGAUUGGUCAUAAUUUUAACUUCUUGGUACCAUAUUUGGUAUUGCCAUUGAGUGCUCUGUCAGCGCUUUUGAGAAACAUUUGAAACAAAGAUGAGGAGUUGUGAACUCAGGAUUUUCGCAGCAUUGUGUGGAAAAAGCCUACGCCGAUGAAAUAUUCCAGGUCGCUAGCUGAAUUUGUUGGUCAGUUACAAGUAGCUAGUUCAUGUUAUUCAUAUCAUGCAUGGCAUCUGACUUGUGCAAUUAAUCUGUCUGAGCAUAUUUCCGCAAGUGAUACAUCCUGGCAAAAGAGGCCAACGAAUUCGAAACCUCUCACGAUCCUAUGAUUCUGUGAAUGAAAUUAUCUAAAGAAGUUGUUAUUUUUUUCGUUAAUUUAUCAGAUGCUUAAAUUUUUAUUUUCAAUGUUGCAUAAUAUCAGAGUAUAUUUCGUGAUGCGACUCAAUCAUUUACAAUAAUUUGGCCUUUAAGGCCAUUUUGUUAUGUUUACAAAUAAGCAAUAUUUAGAUCUUUAGAUGCCUAACUUGACAGGCUAAAUGCUUGACGGAAACAUCAACUUAUAUGGGAAUUCAUGAAAAUUCCAACCAUAACUCGUUACGCUUCUUUUGUUAAUUGGUAGUAAAAGCAUUAGUUGCUGUUUUGUUGUUAUCAAAGAAUUGAUCAAAUGAGCAAAGUUUUACGCAGCUGUUCCUCCUCUCCUAAAAUCGUCGCUCUUAAAGGUUCCUUUCGAUAUCCAAACUGGAAGUCGCUGCUACAAAGUUUGACCUCUGCCCAAAUUGCCGACUUAAUAGUCAUUUAAAUGAAUACAGGAGCUCCAAGGAAAGUAAAGUAUGCGAGGCUCCUAAAAGAUGAUCCACAUAAAUCUUCUCCCUACAAUUUCUUUACAUUAUCCAGCAAACUGGUGAUGUGAAUAGACAGACUUAGCAGCACGAAAUUGCGACCUAGAUAUGACGUGAAAAUUCCAUCCACUUUAUCGCCUUUCGUCACGUUCAAUUUCAUUUCGUUCAUGCAUUUUAUUGCAUCUCAUUUCGCCUCACUUUCGACUCCUUUUCAGUACUUUUUUUUGUCUCAUUGCAUGUUAAUUCAUUGUUUCACCAUUUUUUAUCGUUUUAGAAAGUUCUGCUCGGAAGCCGAACAACAUUUCGUUCUAAAUAUAGUGCAGUAAAUAUAUACAGUUGUUCGCGCAGUACUUCCUUCGAUUUCCAAACUGAUUUCAAUGUCUUUGAUCCCAAUAAAAUUUUUUUAUUUGUCUCUAGGUUUGUGAAGCUGUCAUGACUUUGCUAGCAUUUGGAUUUGAAGAAGUUGCCAAAUAGGUGAGUAUCUUUUUCCUUUCUUAGCUACGAAUUAGGCUACGAUGUGUUCAUUUUUUUUGAGUCGCUGAAAACUGCAGUUUGAUGGAAGAAAAAUCUAAACGGAACUUCGUCAAAUAUUAAAGACGAAUUAUUAAACCUCCUGAGAAGCUAUUAAAAUAGAGAUAAAAUCAUAACAAAGAUGGAAAAAGAAUGAUUUUACUUGGAAAAGUUAAGAAUUAUCGUAGAGUAUGGAGUAUGUUGUAAUGGAAAAUGGGAAGGGGGGAGGGGAGAGGUGGGAUAUGAAAUGUAGAAAUACAUGUAAGUAUUUGUCAACUAUGAUUUUGUCCAUUCAAACGUUGCAAGAUAUCUUCGUCUCACGCGUGUACAACUGAUGGAGGUUUUGUGAGUGUGAUAUUGGAGCUUUUCCAAAUUGGAAACUGUAUAAAUCAUUUGGAGACAGCGUGACGAACACGCGUGAUUCUUUUCUAUGGGAUAUCGUAAAAGCCAUAAUUUCCUUAAUUAAGAUGCAUUGAAAUGACUAAUUUCCCUUGCCGUCAUCCUUGUUUUGUUGUCCUUGAACAAUGCAGAUAUUUAGUAGUUUGUUGCCGUUAGACAAUAUCUCUUUAGCUGGCUUGGUAGUAACGCUCCUUGUCACGCAACACCGUGACUGUCGAUUAUCGAUUAUAAAACUUCGCCCAAAGAUUGUAUGCCCAACGAUAACCAGUCCGCAAGAAACAUAAAAGACUCUUACGCAAGCAAUACCUCAAAAUUAAUUAAUAAUUUGAUUACGUUUGCAAAAUGACGAGUUCAUUGGUUAAUUCUGCUUCAAAGCAUUACUUGCUACAUGAACCCUUAGCAAAAAGUCGUAUGGGACUAUGCCAUAUUUUACAACAUUCGGUGAUCGUACGAAGAAUUCUUCAAUUUAUUAAUUUUUCAAUUAAUUUAUUUUUGAGAUGUAAAUCGACAGUUAAAAUUGCGAUGUACUUCUCCAUAGUGUUCACAGGAUUACUUGAUCAUGAGAUACCCUUGAUUUUGUCACGUUUAUAAAUGGAAAACUUCAAAUCUUUCCACUUGUGUACAAGAUUUCAGGGAAUCAUGAGGUUUUCACGAACUGAGAAAAAAAUUCACGAGUCACCAAUAUUUUAGGAGGCAUGUCACGUCUUAUGCUGGUUUGAUUUAAAGAGGUGAUACAAACCUUGUGCUAGAACCCAGUCAGUAUGAGAAACAACGGUUUUAAUACACGGCCAUUCACCGCUGUUGCCUUUUUUUCCUCAUUAUUUUAAGAUUUGUUCCAAGGGAGAGGCAGUUAGUUGAUCAACCCGGCACUUGGGAAGGGUAUUUGAACGCAAUUUUGGCCAUAGGGAGGCGGGAAUUUGUCGGAAUUUGGACGAACCAUCAAAAUUUCGGGUGGGUUGCCCGGGGGUUGCCCGUGUGGGGGGUGUCGAAACUUCGUAUAGAUGACCCGAUUUUUUCCGUCAUUUACUCUCGGCUGUCUCGAACCCGCGCUUAUUCGAACCAUUUGUUUAUGUUUGGAGUUCGAAUUAGCGGGGUUCUACUGUAUAUGAGCGACAAUUUUUCUUUACACUUAAGCUCAACUUGCUCCAACUUUACUGAGCAAUUUGCUUGAAUGUUUGGCAUAGUUACAGAUAACUUUUUAUUUUUUGUAUUCAAUAAUGUGUUUGGCCGUCAGAGCAGAACAUUCUGUCUGUUGAUAAAACAUUCUUAUGUCUAUUGAUAACGCGCGUGACAGCCUCUCGAGAGGAAGCAGGCAUGAUGAUCUUAAUCACUCGCGCGGGCCCGCGUAAAUAAAGCGCCUUCAAGACAAGCUUCAUGAUAAGAGGCUAGUGACCGUUGUGUUGCAGAAGAUAUUGUUAUGUUGUUACAACACUUCAAACUCAUUGUGAUUUUUUAAGGAAAUGGAAGGGUGGGAAUGUACAGCAGCUACUAGGGAGGGCUAUUCAUCGGUGAAUCGAGAUUUUGACCACAUUUUAAUAUUUCAAGCCGCACAUUGACCUUUAAGGGCUUCUGAUGACUCAUCUAUUGCAUCGGCCUUUUACUACUAAUUCAGCAUAACUGUGAUUCUUCAGAAAGGAAUUCGGAGUUGCAUUUCAUCGAGGGCCAGCUGUUUGAGGGAAAAACAGGGAAGCAAUAUACUUAAUUGUUCCGGCACCUGGGAUAUGAAGAACAGUAUUGAUGUUUCAGUUGAUUUAAAGCAGUUGCAACCGUAGAAGCCGAUGAAAGGCGCUUGUCUAUCAGAACGGAAGUGUUUUUUCCGCAUUUUUUUUUUCUUUUUUCAAGUUGCGAGCACGUAAUAAUUCUAUUUUCGCUGAGAAUGGACAACCGAAAUGACAGAUUUAAGAAGGAAAAAACCCUCGAACUGGGGAACGAAAAUAUUAUGUGAUUUAGCAGUAUUAGUCAUAAUGCACAGAUUAUAAAUAUUAUUCUGAAAUAUGGUUAUGAAAUAAUAGAAUUACGUAGCCCGUAUCUUAGCAAUAAUAGAGUGCUACAACAAUUCUUCUUAUUGUGACAGUCAUAUGAAAAAUAUUAGUAUAGUGGUCGCAAAAUCAUCCAUACGUCACGCUUUGGGUAGCUUUUCGGUCCAGUCCGUUUAAAUCAAUCAAUUUUCUCAAUGCUAAAUGGCGCUAAACUGACUGGUUGCAAUCAUUUGUCAGCGAUGACCUCUUUCUUAAUUCCUGUUCCUAUUCAAACUGAUUUUUACUACACGCUCAUCUCUUUGGCGUUUCUUGUACAUACACAGUACAAGGACAACGUACAAGUGUUCAUGAUGAUCGAAAGAGUUGCUCAUUUGCGCCUGACAAGUAAAAUAAUGAAAACAUGAUAGUAAUUUGCACCGUCACUCUCCCAGUAGUCUCCGAUAAUCAUAACCCUCGAUAAAUAUUUCUCGGAUUAACUCAGGUGAGUUGUCAUUCCUCUUAGUAAACAUAUUCUUCAUAUUUUCUGGAUGAAAUUCAUCGUGGAAACACCAACCAUCAAAACCCACGUCCUGCACCUGGAAAAAUCGUCGUGAUCUGUGGGAGUAUUUACGCUACAAAACCGUCAAAUCCAAAAUGCAAAUCGCAUUGGUUCAAGUGAGCGGGUGUCUUUUUUCCCCCAGCCGGAAUUUAUGCUUAGCAGAUGAAAUGAUAUCCUGGGCGGGCGAUAAGAUGAGCUACCCUUUUCGCCGGAAUCUCGGACCUUGGAUCUUUCCAUCAAAAUUUCAUCGUGAUGUUAAUCAACGUCACGCAACACGCCACAACGCUUGUGACAAACGCGGUGUAUAAGCUUUCCCUGUUUAAAUCUCUCUUAACCAGACGAGCAAAAGACUGAAGGAUUUCCGUUAUUUCUGGUCUUAUUCAUGUCUAAGUCUAAGUUUUUUUUACAUUUAGGCUCAAUAUCGCUUAAAUACCCUGCAUUCAAAAUUAAUCCUGUAAAUUUCGCGGAACUUGUAAACUGCCACCUCAUUCUUCCGCGCGGUCUGCGCAUUUGUAGGAAGUCAUGAUUGAAAAUAGGCCUUUUAAGCAGUUUAAAGCUGCGUAAAAAGAGCCUGAAAGCAUGUUCCAGCAUUAUCAUUCCAUGCGAGCGAUCUAAUCACAAUUAUUAACACUUAUCAUAAGUGAAAACACAUCUCGAUUAUUGGUUGGCUCACGAUCGACCUACUCUUAAGACGAGAAUCCUAAUUGGUCGAAGCAACUUCCGCUCUGUUUGAACAAAACUUGAGAGGUCACGACUGAAUAACAUUUAAAACGCUCUGUCAAGCUCUGCAACGAAUCUUCCAUGUACUUAGCAUGAAGUUUAUUGUUUUCUAUGUGGGAUCGCGAAGUUCCGCGUAGGUCCUUUAGCUGAAUUUAACCAUUGUAAACACACUUGGGCGACAUUAUAGUAAUUUGGUUCGUAGGUGUCAAGAUUCUUGCAUGAUGUUUCAUUGAUGUUAUGAAAUUUAAUUUGCGUAGGUGAUGGCAUCCGUCGCUUGGGUUGUGAAGAACGUAUAUGCGCACUAAUUUUGGAAGUGCAAUAUCUCCCUCAAGGGAUGUACCGGGAGAAACACGUCGGUAGUGCUUGCUACGGAGAAUCCCUAACAUUCGAAGGACACGAGGAAGUUGGGAGAAUAAUCGAGGAAUCACCACCAAGAGCGCCGAAAUGAGUAAGUGAAUUAAUAUUAAACGUAAAAUAUUCUGUGAACCGUUUCUCACCUCUUCAAAAAAAAUUAGAUUCAGUCGAAUUAUUCACGAGAUAGUCGAUUGGAAUCCGUUUUGGUCACCUUCUUGGGCAAUAUUUCCGCACAACCCCGUACUUCAUUAUGCAGACACAUCUUGGAAAAAUAAAACUGGAGAAAACGAUGGAAUAUCUUUGAGACUACGACUUUGUUUUAGAAUAGUAUGGGAUUAUCAGAAAAUCUCUCCCCUUUUGGACUUAACUGUCGUCAUUGAUUCUUUUCCAUGGAGCGAUAUUUUAGCAGGGGACUUAAGAUUGCGCGACGAUUGCGUGUGUCUUUGACCUAAUUUGACCAGAGAAGUGACAUUUCAAAGCGUUCUCGCUCAAUCGGAUAAUUACUACCACUUUUAUUUUUGUGGUUUCUCAAAACGCAAAUAACCAAAUAUGUAUAAAGAAUGCAUGAAAUGACUUCGCCAUAUACCUUUGAAACGUAAGACCAGAGCCGAAAUCCGCUGUAAAUUAAAAUUAUGUUUAACAUAGCUCGCUUGCUUGUCCUACUGAUAAGCUUCGUUUGAGCCAAGACGGUCUGUCUCUCUAUUUUCUUAUGGUUGCGUGUAGACAUUUGAUUUCAAAAAAGUUGACACAAAAAUAUGCGUUUGUAAUAAACGAUGACAACUCAAGGCUCACUAGGUACACGUACACAAUAGCCACCAUUAACACGUGGUGAAUUAUGAAACUUAUGUUCGCUUUGUGGAAGAAAAGGACGGUCAUAACAAAGGUUUUUCAUAAAGAACAAGGAAUGUGCAUCACUAAUUAUGUAUUUGGACGAGCAUUCCCAUAAAGCCAUUGCGUCCCUUCGUUCGUGGAUCACAUGCUUUUAAGAGGUCACCGUUUUAGCAAAUGAGCCUUCAUCACGACGUGCGCAGUUCCAAUUCGUUACGAAGUUCCCGUCCAGUUUUGUAGAGAGUUCCUUUUGCCAAACUUCCGUAAUUCAGUGGAAGAAACUAAUGAAGAAAAUUGACCCCCUCUCAACUGAUUCUUCUCCUUCCGGUCAUCUGUCCUUCAAAAAUAGCAGUGUUGCAGUCGCUCAGAGGAAAAAUGGAAUUUUAACAACAUUUUGAAGAUCAAAACUCUUCUCCAAGUCUUUGAUUUUUGUUAAGCUGAGACCACCACUGAAACUUUGGUAUUUUACUUGGUUUCUCUUGAUUCUCUUUUUGUAAGCGAAUUUUCCAGGAUAACCAGUUUGAAGAACCAGAUUUUCAUCGAAAAUUAAGAACUGAUUCAUGCUUAGCUUGCGAAUGUCGGGGUGUAGAUGCACUUGCGGUCUUAGAAGAGCACUAGAGAAGCGGAAGAGUCGCUUGUAGGCGAAAGAGCACAACUCACCAAUAAAUUUGCACAGUGACAUUGGAAUCUGACCAGUUACAUAUUUUGAUAUUCUGGGUUUUUUUUUUUUGCUUUUCGUGUGUCAACCAUGAUUUAUCAAUGGAAUUUAAAAUGCACUUUUCAUUUCAUUUCCUCGAAAUCUCAUGAAAAGCUUUGAUAGCUGCAAAGCAUAACUUUCCUUGAUUUUCGGAAUGAUAUCGGUGUUAUAUGUAAUCGUAGAUGUAACAUUACAUUUAGACUUUGAAAUGGUUGGCAACUGUCAUGACCGUGCGAGUUUUACAAGUUUUCAAGCCUUAUUUGUAUGAUCAAUAACAUCACUGUCAGUGGAGGAGGUGGUGCGUCACGCGGAUGUCAGAGAAGACUCCAGAAAAACAAACGAAGGAAAAAAAAAACUAUCAUAACAAUGAGUUGCUCUUCCGGUUAAGAUUAUAAGUACAAAGUCUGGUUUGAUCAGUGGAUCGAUGACAGUUGUUGUUUAUAGAAGGAGAAACCAUAGAAAUUUAACGAAGAUUUCAAGAUGUCUAAAGUGAAAAUGGCUUCUUUAACGUGAUUAAUUGAGUUGUUGGCUUUUUUUUUUUCAACGACGGCUUGGACUUUCCGUUGACUGAGCAAUUGAGAGGCUCUAUUUUCUGGAAAAGUGCCCUACAGCGGACCCACUCACUUACUUGGCAUUGUUUCAAAUCCUUGCUUUUACCUAAGAACAUUCAUGGUAUGAGAGCAUUAGAGCUUGUCUGAACUUAUACUCUGUUGGUGACGACUAACUCCUCCCUCCGUUCCCAUUGAAAAUUGAAAACCAUGAUUUCUUCCUUCCCCCCCUUCCCCCCUUCCCCCCCCCCCCCCCCCACCCCUUAAAAAAAAAAGGCAAAAAAACCUUAGCUUUCGUUUUGGGGGCUUCACGCAUGAAUAGACAGUUUUAACCAGAGGCUUUUGGUACGUGGCUCUGUUCAAAAAGAUUUCAGCUGUAGGAAACACAAAUGCGUACUCGAGUGAUAUGUGAUAUGUUGCUUUCCACCCGUAAAGUCUUCGUUUAACCCUUUGACUCCUAAGAGUGACGAGCAUCUAAUUUCUCCUUACAAUAUCACUCCUGAAUCAAACAUUAAGGUCAGGAGAAUAAAAGAUAUGAUCACCAACUAAAGGAGCGUGUGAUUUUUUAAACAAAUUCACCUUGUAAGCCUCUUAGGAAAUGAGCAGAGACCAGUAGGGAGAAAAGGGAUGUAACGAGUUAAUCCACAUGAAUAAGAAAAAUAUAAGUAACUUUCUCCAAGUUAUUUGUUGUAUCUUAUCUUAGCUGCAGCUCUAUCUUCUCAUGAGUUAUUCGAGAUGUUGCAGUCGCUGUCUGAGAAACAACCCGAGGAGGUGCAUAGGAAAGACUGGGGCGUAGGUUCGGAAAUAUAUUGUACCGUUGAAGAAGGUAGGUUUUAAACUGAGGAGGGAGGGGUAGGUAGGUAGGCAGGUUACACUUAACUACAGUUAAGGAGCUUAAGGAGCUUAAGUAGCUGUCGGUGGGUAAACCCUCAAGUGUGUGCAGGUCAUCAAGUAUUCUGGUAUUCGUUUGUACUUCUUGCAAGAGAAAGGGAAUUAACGAGUUAACUGUCUUGUCCACGAACAGAAACGUUGACCCUUGCACGGCUCGAACCCAGGACUUUCGAUGCCGAGUCCAAUACGCUUUCCUCUUUGGCGGGCCAAGGAAGUAAAGUUUCAUUGGCCAGGAAAAAGGGUCAAUGCCCGACCGGCUUUUUCUUUGCUUAGAAGUUGUAUUACAACGAAUGAAAAAAAUGAUCUCAUUAUCUGAAUUCCUGUUUUUGUAUUUCCUUAGACGCAGCAACAUCUCCUAGCAGUUUACCUCAGCCAGUACAACCAGUAGCUGAAGAACAACUAGAGGAGGUGUUUUGUGUGAAAUGGGGUUCAGCUUCUGAUAUGCACUGGCAACUGGACGAUACUAAAAGCGCUAUUUACAAGUAUCUGUUAGAGUACGGUCAAGGAGAAUUUCCAUCCCACAAGAAAACUCUAAAACAGCUAAAAAAGAACCUGGCGCGGUUUAAAGAUGAGGAUCAACUCCGUGACACAAUGACGAGCGUGACGGAAGAAAGGUCGAGCACUUUUCACGCACUCAUCGCUGAGGUCGCGAGUCACGUAAUCGUUGCAACCGUGCGUUUGAAACAGCCAGGUCUGCGGAAUUUUUACUCCAAUGGCAUCGGAAAGCACGUAAUGACUUCUGUGGAGAGAAAACAUUCUUGUUUGAUAGAGAUACUCGACGACAAGACACAGGCUACCUCCAGCGACGAGAUCGAAACUUGCUUUGACAGUGCCUUAGCUGAGUUUGAGAAGAUCUCAGACGUUUUCAAAACACAUGUUAGUAUAUAAAUUGAAUUAGUACAACACACUAUGAGGGGGAAGGGGUGUAGAGGAUAUUGAUGGAGGAGGGAUGUGCCAUCAAUAAAGAUGAAUAUAGAACGCAGCUCCCCAUCCUCAGAUAUUCAUCCAAAUUUUGCUUACGAAUUUUGAGGUACAGGAUCCGUAAUAGCAGUGGACCUCAUUGGGUUCACAAUAUAUGCUGGUUUCCAAAAGAAUAACUUAAUGCUUUCAAGCUGAAAAGUUCCCUCAUCUUCGUUACACAAGCGGUCAUGAAAUCACGAUCUAUCUCGGUUUCUAUAGCAAUAAGGGACUGUAAGUAUCACCAUUACCCCAAGUUCACUUCAAUGGCGCCUGUUUAUAAUCGUGGGUGGAGAGGCGCAUUGUGAUAUUCAGGUGUCAUUCUCCCCUAAGAACACCUAAAAAGAAAACAAGAAAAAAAAGAUAAAGCAAAACAAAAAAAAAGUGGGGGACCAGACCCAUGGGACCAGACCCAUUCUCACAGCACUAACCGCUAACAUCACACCACAUCACCCUAGCUGUAUUGUAGAUGAUCGCCCAUGUCGCGAAAACACGGUGCCAAACAGCUAUUGAAGAAUGGAAGAUUAUUAACUACGGACGGUGUUUACUUUGCAGAUGGGUUCUCCAAAAAUUGUGGACGAGAAGGUUUGGCGCGAGAGGAGCUGGAAACGAACCUUCCCUGAACUGUCAGCGGAUUGCAGUGAGAGCACAUGGAUUAAGAACACGCAGAUAUGCCUAUGCAUAGGCGAUGUGACGAAAGAAACAACUGACUCUUUGUUGAUCAUAAAUACAAAUACACUGGAGCUGAAGAAAGGUGGUCAGUUGAACAAAAGUCUCGACCACGCUGCUGGUCCUACUGUCCGAAAUGAGUGCAAGCGCAUCAUCUCCAGAGAUGGUGCGCAACUUCCCGGCAACAUAGUAAUGACAGGAGGUGGGGAUCUCCCCUCUAAGAACAUAAUACAUGUCAUCGCUUACCCAGGCUCUCCGCAGAUCCUGGAUCUUCAGAUGGGAGUGAAAAUGGGUCUAAAGUUCGCAGACGAAAGAGGAAUGGGUUCUAUAGUUCUGCCAGCGAUAGGCGCAGGGGCCAUGGGACUGUCACCAUCAAACUCGGCCCGGGUUCUUUCAAGGGGAAUUCUAAGCUUUCUUGAGACGCCCCCACGGACCAUCAGAGAGAUAAGAAUUGUCCUAUUCAACGCAGAUCUGUUGUCGACGUUUCGCGAUGAGUUGAAAAACGAAUUCGCCCCCAUUCAAGCCCUUGAGGGCUUUUCCCCGCUUUCUAUGCCUGCUAAAGAAGAAGACUGCAUGACUGAGAUGACACCUUCGGUGGUCGCAUUUCCCAAAGAGUGCGGAAACACUCCGACUAAGACGGCAGAGUUUCGAGUGUAUGGCAAAGAUAGGAAGUGUGUUACCACUGUCAUAAACAGUUUGCGUGGCAAGUUUAUGAAAUAUUGCACAGUACAAAAAGUUACUCACAAAGAGAUUCCUCGGUUGAUUCAAAGCUGCUGGGCGUGGCUUCGACACGUGGCAUCAAAACAUGACACGGAUAUUAAAAAAGAUGAGCAAAACAGAACUCUUAUAGUAGGCGGCACUUCACACGAUGUUUGUGUGGUUGUGAGUUGUAUUCGGCAGAAAAUCGAUCAGCUCAUCGAGAAUCAGCAAGUACUUGAAAAACGUAAAUUGAUGACGCAGUACGUGCGGUGGCAUUAUGUUAUCCUUGACCAGGAAAUUCCUGUCAACGAGGUAGUCAGCUCAAUGAUAGAAGAGGCGUGGACUAAGAAACAAGAUGGAGUUGCAUUCUGUAUUAGUAAUAACACUUACAAAGUGAAUUUUAAGUCCAUGACUGUUGUGUCGAGCGACAUGAAAUACCAAGCACUCCGGUUGAGUCGGAAGUUAUUUACAGAAACCGGUAUGCUUUUUUUAUCAUAUAAAGCAAAUAGUUCUCAUUUUGCCGUGGGUCUGUACAGUAACGGGACUCAGGAGAGGUCAAAAGGCUAUAAGGACAUCAGUGACACACUCGGCUACGCCUUGUGUGCCGCUUCGUUGUUCUUACCACAUUUUGAUGUCAUCUGUGAUCUAUUAUUGAAAACACGCGCGGCAACAUGGAAUGUAUUUGUAAACUAUAAGGGAUACUUCUUUUUCAGGUGUUGUCACUCCAGAUUCUUGGUCAACGCAACCGUUCUUCGCAGACGGAAAACCAUUUCCAGUUGCCAUGUUUACCGUUGCCCCUUCCGCGGAAAUGGAGUACCAAAGCGUUGCCAACACGUUUUAUAGCACUGGUGGCCCGGGUACGAUAGUCAGCAUCGAGCGUGUUCAGAAUCCAUGUCUUUACACGCAGUACAUCGCUUAUAAGCGGGAGGUUGAGCGGACAAACAGUCGAUUCGGUCGAAUCGUAACAAACGAGUUACAACUUUUUCACGGGACGAAAGGUUCGAAUGUUAACUCCAUUAACAGGCAAGGAUUCAACAGAACCUUUUCUGGAACGAUGCACGGUUAGUUUGCUCAUUGUAUGUCAUUUAUAUUCUUUAAGGGCACCAGAUUUUGAUCUUGGCUGAGUUCCAUAAUUUCUCAGAGAGGACCUAUAUUCCUAUUCGAGCUAAAGACUCCGAGAAUUUCCGAAGAGCUCCGACACCACCUCCUUCCCAAGACCCCCCUUCUCAAACCGGACGUUUUCGGAAACAAAACCAUCAAUCACAUGGGCAUUUCUUCUUCUGUAUUCCUUAGACUUUAUCUCAAAUUAUUCUUGCUAGGCGUGAGAAAGUGGUAAGCAGACUUGAAAAAGCGUUAGUUUGGAGAUUUUAAUCCAUUGUGGUCAGAUUUAGCCGGUUUUAAAUUUCAAUUCUGUUUGUUUUGUUUCAGGAGCGGCCUUUGGCAAUGGGGUGUACUUCGCAUCUAGAGCGUCCUAUUCUAAGGGCUACACGGCCCCGGAUAAAAAUGGACUGAGACACAUGUAUCUGGCUCGAGUCGUUGUGGGUUUUUACACCUUAGGACAGAGAGGGCUUCUUGUUCCUCCCGCGAUAUCCUGUCAUGAACCAGAAGUUCUUUUUGAUUCUGUAGUGGACAACACGGAAAAUCCAUCCGUUUUCGUUGUAUUUCGAGACGCGCAAUGCUAUCCGGAAUAUCUCAUCACUUUUAAGACUUGAGUCAACCAUCACAGUAGCUUUCAUACUUCUCAUUAUUGCGUGACUAGCCACGGCUGUUGCGUGACUUCAUUCUUUUCAAUACAGUCGUAACGCAAUCUUCUACAAACGUCGAAACAAGCGCAGUUGUGUUGUUUCGUGUUGUUGUUGCUCUCCUAAAAUACUGUGAUAUUCCAAAGUUCAGAAUUAACAAUCCUCAUGGAAUUUUUUUUUUCCUGUUUGGAGAAAUGCUGUUGUUAAAUAAUCUCCUUGUUACAACAACUUCAUGUUUAAAAGCAAUCAAAAUAUUAGGUAUUAUCUUUAAACAAUUGCAAAACACUGGGUGUAGGAAAAAGAGAAUUGGGAGUUAUAAAAUAAAAACAAAAGUUAAAAAAAUCCCUUUGUAUUCUUUUAGCUACAAUUUAACUAAUAUCAUAACCUAAUAAUACAAAACUAUUCAUCAAAGUGGAGGUAAAUAUUCACCACUUUCACUGAUAAUUAGGUGAAUAAUUUUUUGGUAUAUACCACACAGAAACCAAAAAAAUUAAAGUAGUUUUGUCAAUAUACCACAAAAAAAGGUUGGAAACUAAACUCUUGACUUGCAAUUUUGUCUCCUCAGCUGCUUGUAUGUAGGUGGAUAGUACUGGCUAAUCAUGACUUCCAAACAGGCCACUCAUAGGGCAAAACACAUUAUUAACCUGUGUGGUGUACACUAACUAAGGGUGUUAUGAUAUCUCAAUAUUUUACUAGCCUGCCUUGAUUAGUUUGGCUAUAUGCAGGCCAGCCCAGUGCAUUAAGUGUAGAUUAAAGAAUAAAGAAUCUAUUUCAAUUUUGUAAUAAUGUACAUGCAAAAAUUACAAGCUUUUGAUUGGCUGAAAAUGAGAGCAUUCUUAUGUAACACACGACCAAAUCGCAAGAAGGGUGAACACCCUUUCUAAACUCUUUCUGCUUUGACUCUUUGUGAUGUAUUUUUUCAUGUACAUUAUUAACAAGUAACAACAUGAUUUCCCUUGCAAUUUGGUGUAAUAAGCUCUUGUAAACAGCUUGUGCAAUUUUAUUGUCUUUGAAAAAUUUUCUUAUUCUUGUUAACACCAAAUUUCACUUGAAAUCAUGUUAUUACCUAUAUGAAUUCAACUCUUAAAAGCAUCAAUUUCUGAUGGGUUAAGUUAGUUGUUCAGGGAAGAAUUUUCAACCACUCAUCAUGCGGAAAUUUGUCUUCAGCCAAAUUUUACUAUGAAAACAUACUUUUUAGUAUAUUGGAUAUACUGUACAACUCAGUUACAAGUGUGAAUCCCACUUUGGCUUCAUAAAUUAUCACAGGAUUUGUUUCAUAAUUAUUUCAAGUUUAUAACCAUUCAAACACAUACAUAAACAAUUAACCUUCUAAUCCCUGAGAGUGUCUAGUAUCUAAUUUCUCCCAAUAGUAUAACUGCUGCAUCACACAGUAAGGUCACGAGAAUAAAAGAAAUGAUCACUGACUUAAUAUUCUCUUGAUUGAUAAACAAAUUCUCCUUGUCAGCACCUUAGGAAUUGUAUGGAAAACAGUAUGGAGAAUAUGCAUACUGAUGUUACAGGUGUAAAGGGUUAAAGCCAACUGGUAUGCCUUCCUCAUAGCUGACACUUCAAGCAUAAUUUAUUGCGUAAAAUUCAAAUUUGAAUGACUAUGUACAUAGAUAAUAGACUCCAUUUGUGGUAAAAAUAUGCUCAGAUACUUUUCUGU